UGCGCCGCCCCGGCAGCCCAGAGUGCGGUGCGCACGGGCACUGGGUGCCACCAGCGCCGCCCCUCCUCGUACCCCCUGCGGGCCGUCCAUCCCCAGCGCAGCCGUCCAGGGUCUCACCGGCGCUCCCUCGACGGAACUGCCCCAGCAUUUAGCCGGCAUCCCCCGGCGGCCCCCAGACGCAUCCCCCGGCCCAAGACGAGGAUGAACAGGACAGGCGAGGCACAAAGUCGCAACUGAACUUUUAAAAAACAUUAUCUGCGUGUGUGCGUGUGUAGCGGGGAAGAAUGAGCUGAUGCCUAGGGUCCAGCCACCCCCUUGCUGCCUCCAAUCCCCUGCCGCCACUGCCCUCGCAGACGCCCGAGCACACACUGCACUUGGGCCGGGUUUCAGCGCUUCGUCCCCGGGCUUGGAGGGGAGUUUUCAUUUCCGAAGGAGGCAGAGUCGGUGGAGCGCGCUGAAGGGCUGGAGCCCUAAGUUACUCCUCGCCAGCGCCAGCCCCAGCCAGCCCCAGCCAGCCCGCUGUCACUCGCACAGGCUGCCCGGGGAAAGGGACCCGCAAGCCCGGCUUUGUUGUGGAAAUUCCCGUUACCUGGCUUAUAACCCACACCAUGGAUAACUUAUUGGACUUUGCCUGAAAGGAGUCAUUAGUGUCAUUGGAUAUUUGACCAUCCUGGCCACAGGUUUUUCAGAAUGAAUGGAAGGUCAUGCGGCAUGAGUCUCCACCGGACAUUGGGAACCCCACAGGGGCCUGGGCUGAUCAGUGGCCAACACAUUCGUCCCAUCCAAGCCCACUCAGGGACUCCUCGUCCCUCGACUUGUGGCAGUACACCAAGUCCCGCUAUUGGAAGCCUUGCUAACAGCCUCCAUCUCAGGAUGCCCUCUGGAGGAGGGAUGGCUCCUCAGAACAACGUGGCUGAGAGCCCCAUCCACCUGCCUGCCUUGAGUCCCAGGAGACAAGUGCUCACCAAUGGGAAGCCGCGGUUCCAGGUCACCCAGGCUGAAGGCAUGUCAGGGUCACACAUUUUAAAGCCAAAACAACAGGAGUUUGGAAACCCUUUUCCUCCCAAUCCCGGGAAAGGGGCUCUUGGCUUUGGGCCUCAGUGCAAGUCCAUUGGAAAAGGCAGCUGCAACAAUCUAGUGGUCACCAGCAGUCCCAUGAUGGUUCAGCGACUGGGACCCAUUUCACCUCCAGCAAGCCAGGUCUCUACAGCAUGCAACCAGAUCAGUCCUAGCUUACAGAGGGCAGUGAAUGCAGCCAACCUGAAUAUACCUCCUUCAGAUACCAGGUCCCUGAUUUCACGCGAGUCUUUGGCAUCUACAACUUUGAGUCUGACGGAAAGUCAGUCGGCCUUGAGUGUGAAACAAGAGUGGUCUCACGGCUACAGGGCUCUCCCUUCGCUGUCCCCUAGCCAUGGCUCUCAGAAUGGCAUUGAUCUAGGGGACCUUCUUAGCCUUCCUCCUGGGACACCCAUGUCCAGCAACAGUGUCUCUAACUCCUUGCCAUCCUACCUUUUUGGCAUGGAAAAUAGCCACAAUCCCUACUCUAGUCCUCGGAACUCCUCCACCAGGUCCCACUCGGCCCGCUCUAAGAAGAGAGCACUGUCGCUGUCACCACUGUCUGAUGGCAUCGGGAUAGACUUCAAUACCAUAAUCCGCACAUCACCCACCUCCUUGGUGGCCUACAUCAAUGGGUCCAGGGCUUCCCCAGCCAACAUGUCCCCGCAGCCGGAGGUCUACGGGCAUUUCCUGGGGGUGCGAGGCAGCUGCAUCCCCCAGCCAUGCCCGGUGCCCAGUGGCCAGAAGAGCGUGCUGGUGGCCAGCGGCGGCCUGGCACUGCCUGUGUACGGCGAGGGUGGCACGCUCGAGUACGGGCGCAUGCAGCAGCUGGAGCACGGUGGCCUGCAGCAUGGCCAGGUCAACAACAUGGUGGUGCAGCACGGCCUGCCGGGCCCCGAUGGCCAGUCGGCCGGCCUGCUCAAGACCGAGCGCCUGGACGAGUUCACGGGCGGAGCCCUGGACCUGCCCCCCGCGCCUGCCCUCCCGCCCCUGCCACCACCCCAGGGGCCCCCGCCGCCCUACCACGCCCACCCUCACCUCCACCACCCGGAGCUGGUGCCACACGGCCAGCCGCUGUCCUUGUCCCAAGCUGCCCUGGACGACGACGGGGACAUGGACGACGUCGGGGGCAAGCACUGUUGCCGCUGGAUUGACUGCAGCGCCUUGUACGACCAGCAGGAGGAGCUGGUGCGGCACAUCGAGAAGGUCCACAUAGACCAGCGCAAAGGGGAAGACUUCACCUGCUUCUGGGCCGGGUGUCCUCGGAGGUACAAGCCCUUCAACGCCCGGUACAAACUGCUGAUCCACAUGAGAGUCCACUCCGGGGAGAAGCCCAACAAGUGUACGUUUGAAGGUUGCAAGAAGGCCUUCUCAAGGCUUGAAAAUCUCAAGAUCCACUUGCGGAGUCACACGGGCGAGAAGCCGUAUUUGUGCCAGCAUCCGGGCUGUCAGAAGGCGUUCAGUAACUCCAGCGACCGUGCCAAGCACCAGCGGACACAUCUGGACACUAAACCUUAUGCUUGUCAAAUUCCAGGAUGUACCAAACGCUACACAGACCCAAGUUCCCUAAGAAAGCAUGUGAAGGCACAUUCUUCCAAAGAUCAACAAGCAAGGAAAAAGCUGCGGUCCAGCACAGAGCUCCAUCCAGACCUGCUCACAGAUUGCCUCACGGUGCAGCCCCUGCAGCCAGCCUCUUCCCCGAGAGAUACUGCAGCCGAAGGGGCUGUCGGAUGCUCCCCUGGGCCCGGGCCUGACCUCUACCCAGCUCCCAUUUUCUCCAGCAAUCAUUCAAGCCGAAGCGGAACAGCUGCUGGGGCCGUGCCACCCCCACAUCCUGUCAGUCACCCUUCUCCGGGACAUAAUGUACAGGGGAGCCCCCACCACCCCUCCUCCCAGGUACCUCCACUCACAGCUGUGGACGCCGGCGCUGAGAGCCCUCCACAAAAGCCCAGCAAAGUGAAGUUCUUUAUUCCUGUGAAACACACAAUGUUCGCACCUUCUGCUCCAUCUCCUCACCACAUCAGCCCCCGGAGAGUCCCAGCUCCUUCUUCAAUACUGCAGAGGACACAGCCUCCCCAUAACCAGCAGCCACUGGGUUCUCACAUGAAGUCCUACCAGCCAGAAACAAACUCUUCUUUUCAACCAAAUGGUAUCCACGUCCAUGGAUUUUAUGGGCAGCUGCAGACGUUCUGCCCCCCACAUUACCCUGACUCCCAGAGAACCGUGCCACCUGGCAGCUCCUGCAGUGUGGUGCCUGCCUUCGAGGACUGCCUGGUCCCCACAUCCAUGGGCCAGUCUGGUUUUGAUGUUUUCCACAGAGCCUUCUCGACUCAUUCGGGCAUUACAGUGUACGAUUUGCCUUCCAGUUCCUCAAGCCUGUUUGGGGAGUCUGUCCGCAGUGGUCCUGAAGACGCCGCAUUCUUGCAGCUCAGUGCCAUGGAGCGCUGUCCCAGCCAGCUCUCCUCUGUCCACACAGAAGGCUAAAAGCUCCCCUGGCCUCUACUCUGCGUCUAGACUGCCUUGUUGCUUGCUGCCUUUUGUUUUCAUCCUCUCACAGACUGAGCAGUAAAGGAUGUCAGCCCAGUCAACAGAACCUGCAGAGUCACUGCCGUGUCUUUGGGCGGCAGGCCUGGGUGGUCAGAGCUGGCUUUGCAGGAAUGUUCAUGGUUGCUCCUUUUUCUCUCUGGAUUUGCUGGGACAGCGGGACUGUCUUCUCAAAGGGAAUUUAGAGUCUUACUCUUCUGGAUACCUGUUACUUCCUGGCUGUCAAUCCUCAAAGGACACCAAUGAAAUGAUGUGCAUUUGAAAAUGCAGUUUGGGGAUGACCUUGGCCAAAUACUCCAAAUAGGGAAGGACAACCCCAUUGCCUGAGGCACAGUAGCUGCCUCACCCGGUGCUCCACCGCGCAGCUGAUGCAGAGACAGGCGCAUGAGGGAAAUCCGUGUCCAAAGCGUAGUGUGGGCUCAGCUCCUGGAAACUGCCCGGUUUCCCUUUCCUCUUAGUCACAUGCUAACCAGUUGCUUCUCAAUGUUUCUCCAACAGCAGAAUAAGGUUUAAUAUUUUUGCAACCUUUGUUUUCAAAGACUUGUUAUAUAACUACUUUAAAAGGAAAAAAAUAUUUAGAGGUCUGUUCUUUUGAUGGAAAUUAUUAUUUUAAUCACCUCAGUUACAUACAUUUUGCACAGCUGUAUCUCUGCCUGGCCCCACCCUGGAAUGUGGGCUUUGCAGUUAGCAAAGGCCACCUGAGGGAGACAGGGUGGGCACAGCCCUUAUGGCCAGUGCUAUAUAGCAGGUUGACUGUUCAGCAGCUCCACCUGGAAGACCUUGUUCAAAGAAAAAGGUUGUUUGUCUGGUUCGCCCAUUGCCUCCACCUGUGCUCUGCUCAGAGCGAUGCCAGAAGGUAUGAGAACACACAGCUGUGUGCCUGGGUCCUCUUGGGUAACCAAACAAGGCAUGCUGACACCUGGUGACUGCAUGGUGUCCACUCCUUCAGGAUCUCCAUUCAUCUGUCUCUCCCUGUCUUUCUCCCCGCCCUCUCUUUGCAGCCUUCUUGCCCUUUUCUUGACUGUAGGUCAGACAUGCCCAUCUCCGCUAUUAUCUGACCAUCCACUCUUGGGAAGGUAGGCAAAAGAAGGCAAUUCUUUUUCUGAAUCUCUGGUUUGAAAACCUGGAAUUUUCAUGGGGCACUUAGCCAUUUUAUAUCAACCCUAAAUAGAACAUUGCUUUCCUACGACACCUUUACAAAGCUAUUAAAAAGUUCCCAAGUCUUAGGGCAUAGGCUAGAAAAAUUGGCCAGCCACAAAAACCUGGUAAAUUAUGACAUCCUGAUACUAUGAUAUUUCACAGUUUCUUUUGUCUUUCUAAAAAUGUUUUCUGAACAAAAGUGAAACAUGCUGUUUGUCAAACUGACAUCAGUACACUCUUCAACAAGGCCAUGAACCGGUUUAGUGUCAGCCUUGGGAUCCCGUGGCAGUUCACAUCCCGACAGAUGGGUCCUUCCUAUCUGGCUGCACCUGAUUGAGGAGUUCAUUCCAACAUGCAGUAGAAGGAGGGGAGGAAAGAGCCAAGUGUGGAUUUCAUUCUCACUGUGCACUUGGUCAAUCCUGAUUCUGUGACUAGUGGGCUGUGUUCUAAGAAAAGCUAUCAUGCAGACAUUGAAGUCUACAAAAGAGAUGAGUAGUCCGCUUUCCAAAGGAUGCGCACCAGGCUGCCUUUAUAAAGGAGCUCUCCGGCUACACGUAAAAUACCAUCCUUCUCGCAGACUUUGUGUCACUUGGCCCAAGCAAGGACACGUGCACACAUAACAUUGGCUUUGUAGGUGACCUCCCUCAUACUCAUACAUCCACUAUCACACUCUAAAAUAAAAAGAAAACUUGGUAUCUUUAGAGAGACCAUUUAUCUAUUCUUCAAUAUGGAAACCUUUGUGAGGAACCCAAAACACAUAUUUGUGCAUUGAAAAAAAAGAUAAAAAGACAAGAUUGUUAUUGCAAUGGAUAUUGUCAGCCCUACCCUUUAAAUUAGUAAGGGGAAGGAGGGCAAAACAAGAAGCUGAACCUCAGACACCAUGGAUCCUACCUCCUCCUCUGUUUGGGAGGAGACUCUUGGGAGCCAGGCUUUGAUCUCACUGUGGCAUCUCACAGUGACCCUGCCCCUUUCUUGCCUCACCUGAGCUAGGGGGUUCCAAGGAAGGGCCAGGCAGCAGACCCCCAUCCUCGGUAGGAACUCAGAGGCCCAGCCCUGGGGAUGUUUAUGUUGUCAGAGGGGCUUGCGGGAAGCAGGGCUCAGAGCAGCCCCUCCCCUGCGUGCCCCUCAUGUUCACUGAUGGGUGUGGGUUUGACAUCAGGGCCUCAGGACAUGAGGCAUUCAGCUUCUUUUUAAACUACACACAUUAUUUCUUAGAUUCCAGAAUCUCUCCUGAUCCUAAAAUUUGUCCCUUGCUUGCUUUCAAAGCAUUGCGGAAGAUUUGUAUGCACUUUCAUCAUUAUUUUUGUAGCAGUGUAAGUGGAAACUAUAAAAAAAUGAUUCCCUUCCAUUUCCUGGCCUUUUUAGUCUUGAUAUGUAACCAUUUUCAUAAACAUCUGAACAGAGAUUGUCAUUCUUCUUUUAUAAAAAAAAACUAGUGCUUUGAAAACACACAGCCCAGAGCCAAUUAUCCUAUUACGCUAAAAAAAAAAAAAAAAAAAAAAAAAAAAAAUCUGUAUGCCUAGAGACAUUUAAUUUGCUGCAUUGUCUUAAUUCUCUAAAGGGACUGCAUCAAAACGUCAGUUGUAAUUUAGCCUCUGAUCGGCUGUUAAAUAUUAUUUAAAUAUUGGCUGGUCCUGUGGGGUAGCUCCCUUUACCCAUGUCUCUCCGAAAUUACAGAAAUGAUUAUAAAAUGGAAAAAAAAAAAAGUCUUCAGUAGAUCACAGCAUAGUUUCCACUGAUAACAGAGUGUUGGUUUUGCUCAGUUGUUUUUAAAUUACCAGCUGUCAAGCACACUAAGACACUAAUACCAGUUCUGAACAGGGAUAAAUUCAAAUCCCUCCCACAUCUGAGAACCUUGACUUUCCCGUUGCCUUGAAGUAUUGAAAAUACUGACUUUAAAUGUUCAGUUUAAUUAUUUGGUAUUUUAUUGGACUGUUUUGACCACGUCAUUUUAUAGCAGCAUUUUUUAAUGGCACUUUUUGUUGGUGGUGUGGAAUUUCUGCGGUUACUUUUUUUUUUUUUUUUUGCCAUGGAUAAAGCAAAAAAAAAAAAAAAAACAAAAGGAAAAAAGCACUCAUUGGAGAAAUGGUGAGUGUAAAAAAGAGAUUUAUUUUGUACAGACAGCAAAGCAUCCUGUGUAAUGUUGCUGACAUAAAGCACUUUGGGGGGGAAAAGUGGAAAUCUGUUUUCCAUAAAUCACACAGACUCUUGUACAUAGUUAUAUACACUCACGUAGAGAAAUAAACUGCAUAUAUCAUACUGGAUAUGGGGCCAAUUUUACUCUAGAGGCACAUCUGGUGCUUAUUGUCAUAAAUCUUUUAAAGAAUUAGGUACACUUUUUUCUAUUAAUAUGUAUAGUUUUGUGAUUUGUCACAGUUAUGUUUCAUAUAAUCAUAAGUUAUUUUGUCUUGUUUCAUGAAGUCCUUUUUUUAUGUCAAAAGUAAAAUGAAGGGAUUGUGCACUUGGUACAGAAUAAAACUGGAAAUAGAGGAUACGCCCUCCUGCCUGAAAUCCUCCUUCAGCAUGUCGCUUUAAAACACAAUGGCAACAACCAACCAUUGCUUGUUUGUUUGUUUUGUUUUCUUUUGUUUUGCCAUCAGUUUUGGGGAUGGUAAUUAUAAUUAAAAGCAGAUGGGGGGAGGGAAUGUCCAAGGCCAGCUUUAAAAUGCCGCAUUGCUUUGGGCCAGAGCUGCAGCCUGGAUUUAAUUAUAGAUAUGAGGACGAAAUGGCAGUAAAAUGAAUGUCUCCCUGAAUCCUUUACAUGUUGGGAGUGUCCAUAAAUAAAACAUGAAGUUUUAUUUCAUCAGAUUUAA